AUGGAGUCAGCCCAGCGACCCCCGAGCCAGCUUGCGGCGGCCUUCGCGCAGCCGUCCAAGCUGGUAGAAAUGUACGAGGAGUUUGUCACAAAGAACUCCAGCUCUGUCAGUCAGAUCGAAAUGGCAUUACGGUCGUUGACAUAUAUGAUACCUGGUCGGUUUCGAGAGUCUGACAUUGCUUCGGAGUCAAUCCACUCUGGGGUUCAGCUUCUCUCCCUAUACCAUGACUCUCUCGUUGCGCGCGUCAUCUCUCGACUUCCGCUCACUAUCCCGCGAGCACCCCCUACGCCUCACGCCCGCUAUACCAAAUACUGGUCUUCGAGUUCAAGCCUAUACCACCGCGUCGCGCUGGUCUUACAGGUGAUCAAAUACACAGAGCUACUCUGGGAGAUGGUUGCUAGGCGUAAAGGAGAGAAAAUUCGCUGGCGGGUCGUCGUCUUCAUCGAAGCGCUCAAAGCACUCUGUCGCUUGGUCCUACUUCGAUUAACCAAUUCUCGACCGCUAGUAAGCCCUCCUCUACCAGAACGGGAAGUGGAUCCACGGCCGGCAGAGGAUGAUGACGAUGAUCUUGCUGAUUGGAAUGGGAUGGACACGCCAAAAUCUGAAAAGUCUUCUGACGCCAGCUGGGCGAUGCCGAGAACAGGCUUUUCUCUGCCGAAUUUGCCGGAUACCGGUGAUGUUUCGAACUAUUUAAUCUCAAAAGUGCUUACUGCAGACGAUAUAAAACCUCCCAGAUCGCUGUUACAUCGCGUUUCCGGAAUGGGCCAACUAGCGGAAGUCUUAUUUAUUUUGCGACCCUUGGUGUAUGUUCUUGCACUACAGAAAUGGAGCGGAAAGAAAAGAAACUGGACCCCGUGGUUGAUCGGGUUUGGAAUGGAGUACGGGUGUAGGCAGCUUGCGAAACGUGAUUUCCGUGAUCGUGUAGCUGGUGGUCUUAGAGGUCUGACCGGUUUGGAAAGGGAUGAGCUUAGAAAGAGAGGCUGGAGUAUGGGAUGGUGGACGAUGAGAGGUGCUUUCUAUGAAACCGUGACAAAAUCGUGGUUACAAGGAAUGACGCGCCGUAUGAAAGGCAAGCCGUUGCUUGACCUCGUGGGAAGUGUCAUCGACGACUACGAAUAUCUCUGGGAUAAUUACUACUUCUCUACCGCCACGCUUUAA